AUGGCUCUCAAACUUCCAGUAAUGGACUCCAGGGCGCGUUCUUUGUUACACGACGGUGACUGGCUGGAGGCUACCCGCCCCGCUACCCGCCCCGCUACCGCUCCGCUACCGCUCCGCUACCCGCCCCGCUACCCGCCCCGCUACCCGCCCCGCUACCCGCCCCGCUACCGCCCCGCUACCCGCCGCAGUGCCCCGCUACCAGCCCCGCUACCCGCCCCGCUACCCGCCCCGCUACCGCCCCGAUACCCGCCCCGCUACCCGCCCCGAUACCCGCCCUGCUACCUGCCCCGCUACCCGCCCUGCUACCUGCUCCGCUAUCCGCCCCGCUACCUGCCACAGUGCCUCGCUACCCGCCCCGAUACCCGCCCUGCUACCUGCCCCGCUACCUGCCCUGCUACCCGCCCUGCUACCUGCCCCGCUAUCUGCCCCGCUACCGCCCCGAUACCCGCCCCGAUACCCGCCCUGCUACCUGCCCCGCUACCCGCCCUGCUACCUGCCACAGUGCCCCGCUACCUGUCCCGCUACCGCCCCGAUACCCGCCCCGCUACCCGCCGCAGUGCCCCGCUACCCGCCGCAGUGCCCCGCUACCCGCCGCAGUGCCCCGCUACCUGCUGCAGUGCCCCGCUACCCGCCGCAGUGCCCCGCUACCCGCCCCGCUACCCGCUGCAGUGCCCCGCUACCCGCCGCAGUGCCCCGCUACCCGCCGCAGUGCCCCGCUACCUGCUGCAGUGCCCCGCUACCCGCCGCAGUGCCCCGCUACCCGCUGCAGUGCCCCGCUACCCGCUGCAGUGCCCCGCUACCCGCCGCAGUGCCCCGCUACCCGCCGCAGUGCCCCGCUACCCGCCGCAGUGCCCCGCUACCUGCUGCAGUGCCCCGCUACCCGCCGCAGUGCACCGCUACCCGCCGCAGUGCCCCGCUACCCGCCGCAGUGCCCCGCUACCUGCUGCAGUGCCCCGCUACCCGCCGCAGUGCCCCGCUACCCGCUGCAGUGCCCCGCUACCCGCCGCAGUGCCCCGCUACCCGCCGCAGUGCCCCGCUACCCGCCGCAGUGCCCCGCUACCUGCUGCAGUGCCCCGCUACCCGCCGCAGUGCCCCGCUACCCGCCGCAGUGCCCCGCUACCCGCCGCAGUGCCGCAGUGUUCCGUUGCUUGUUGCAACCCGACUCUUGCCUUAACGCUUGCCCCGACUCUUGUCCCGACUCUUGAUCUGACUCUCACCUCGACUCUUACCGACUCUUGCCCCAACUCCUGCCCAGACUCUUGCCCCGACUCUUGCCCCGACUCUUGCCCCAACUCCUGCCCCGACUCCUGCCCAGACUCUUGGCCCGACUCUUGCCCCGACUCUUGCCCCGACUCUUGCCCCGACUCUUGCCCCGACUCCUGCCCAGACUCUUGCCCCGAUCCUUUCCUUAAUAUGUGCCAUGCGACAUGUCUCAAAUGGAUAACUAUGGGCCUAAAGAGACUUAAUACUUAA